GCGGCCGGAGGCAGCGCUGCGGGGCUGGCGCGGGGAAAGGGGGGUGGUCCCCGCAGGACCCCGCGCCAAGAGACGAGGGGGCGCUGCAGGCCGGCCAGCCUGCCAGGGGAUUAAUUCUGCCCCCGGAGCAGGAGCAGGAGAAGGAGAAGGAGCAUGCGGGACGGGGCUGCGGGAGCGGGAGGCAGCCGGCCGGCCGGGCUGCUCUGCCUGCUGGGGCUCUGCACCUGGGCCGCCGCCCUGCGAGGAAAUGACAACAGUGAAGCCCUUCCUGAGUCUAUCCCAUCUGCUCCUGGAACAUUACCUCAUUUUAUGGAGGAACCAGAUGAUGCAUACAUUAUUAAAAGCAAUCCCAUUGUCUUGCGUUGCAAAGCCAUGCCAGCUAUGCAGAUUUUCUUCAAGUGCAAUGGUGAAUGGGUCCACCAAAAUGAGCAUAUCUCUGAGGAAAGCAUGGAUGAAACUACAGGCUUGAAGGUUCGAGAGGUGUUCAUCAAUGUGACAAGGCAGCAAGUGGAGGAUUUUCACGGGCCAGAAGAUUACUGGUGUCAGUGUGUCGCAUGGAGUCAUCUAGGGACCUCAAAGAGCAGGAAGGCAUCAGUCCGCAUAGCCUAUUUACGGAAAAACUUUGAGCAAGACCCACAGGGGAAGGAGGUUCCUAUUGAAGGGAUGAUUGUCCUGCAUUGUCGGCCACCAGAGGGAGUGCCUGCUGCUGAGGUGGAAUGGCUUAAGAAUGAGGAGCCUAUUGAUUCCAACCUGGAUGAGAACAUUGACACCAGAGCAGAUCAUAAUCUCAUCAUCCGCCAGGCCCGUCUGUCUGAUUCUGGGAACUACACCUGCAUGGCUGCCAAUAUAGUGGCCAAGAGAAGGAGUAUGUCUGCAACCGUGGUGGUGUAUGUGAAUGGAGGCUGGUCGUCAUGGACAGAGUGGUCUAACUGUAAUGUGCGGUGUGGUCGAGGCUGGCAGAAGCGAUCUCGGACCUGUACCAACCCUGCUCCACUCAACGGGGGAGCUUUCUGCGAGGGAAUGUCAGUGCAGAAAAUUACCUGCACUUCACUUUGUCCUGUGGAUGGUAGCUGGGAGGUAUGGAGUGAAUGGUCAGUCUGCAGCCCAGAAUGCGAACAUUUGAGAAUUCGGGAAUGCACUGCUCCUUCCCCACGAAACGGAGGAAAAUUCUGUGAAGGCUUAAGUCAAGAAUCUGAGAAUUGCACCGAAGGACUUUGCAUUCAAGAUAAAAAACCUCUUCAUGAAAUAAAACCCCAAAAUAUCGAGAAUGCCAGUGAUAUUGCCUUGUACUCGGGUCUGGGAGCCGCAGUCAUUGCUGUAGCUGUGCUAGUAGUGGGCGUUACUCUCUAUAGACGGAGCCAGAGCGAGUAUGGUGUGGAUGUGAUUGACUCAUCUGCGCUGACAGGAGGCUUCCAGACAUUUAAUUUUAAAACAGUCCGGCAAGGUAACUCCCUCCUUCUGAACUCAUCCAUGCAGCCUGACCUGACAGUGAGCAGAACAUACAGCGGACCCAUCUGCCUGCAAGACCCCAUGGACAAGGAGCUCAUGACAGAAUCAUCACUCUUUAACCCCUUGUCAGACAUCAAGGUCAAAGUUCAGAGUUCAUUCAUGGUUUCUUUGGGGGUGACAGACCGGGCUGAAUAUCAUGGAAAGGCACAUUCUGGGACAUUUCCUCAUGGGAACAACAGAAGCUUCAGUACAAUACAUGCCAGGAACAAAACCACUUAUAUUCAGAACCUUUCCUCUUUUUCCACAAGAAGUGAGCUGAGAACGACUGGGAUUUUUGGCCAUCUGGGGGGCCGGUUAGUGAUGCCAAACACAGGGGUCAGUUUGCUGAUACCACAUGGUGCUAUCCCUGAAGAGAGUUCAUGGGAAAUGUAUCUUACCAUUGGUCAAGGGGAAUCCAGCCUCCAGCCAGAAAGCACAGAAGUUCUUCUUGGUCCAGAAGUAACUUGUGGCCCUCCAGAUGUGACUGUCACCACUCCUUUUGCCUUGACUAUACCACACUGUGCAGAAGUAAAUUCUGAACACUGGACCAUUCACUUGAAAAAAAGAAUGCAACAAGGGAAAUGGGAGGAAGUGAUGUCCGUGGAAGAGGAAACUACUUCUUGCUACUGUCUGUUGGAUCCUUACGCCUGCCACAUUCUCUUAAACAGCUUUGGAACUUAUGCUCUUGUUGGAGAGCCCGUCUCCGACUGUGCUGUUAAACAGCUGAAAGUAGCAGUCUUCGGCUGCUUGUCUUGCAAUUCGCUGGAUUACAACUUGCGAGUAUAUUGUGUGGAUAACACUCCUUGUGCAUUUCAGGAAGUGGUUUCAGAUGAAAGACACCAAGGAGGACAGUUACUGGAGGAACCGAAGUUGCUGCAUUUCAAAGGGAAUACCUUCAGUCUUCAGAUAUCUGUCCUCGAUAUCCCCCCUUUCCUCUGGAGAAUUAAACCUUUCACUGCAUGUCAGGAGAUCCCUUUCACUCGUGUGUGGUGCAGUAACCAGCAGCCACUGCACUGUGCCUUUUCGCUGGAGCGUUAUACUCCUACAACCACGCAGCUGUCCUGCAAGAUCUGUGUUCGACAAGUCAAGGGCCAUGAGCAGAUCCUACAGAUCCAGACAUCUAUUCUAGAGAAUGAAAGAGAAACUAUCACCUUUUUUGCACAUGAUGACAGCAACUUCCCUGCACAGACUGGUCCAAAGGCCUUCAAAAUCCCAUACUCCAUUAGACAGAGAAUAUGUGCAACGUUUGACACACCCAAUGCCAAAGGCAAAGACUGGCAGAUGUUAGCACAGAAAAACAGCAUCAACAGGAAUCUCUCUUACUUUGCUACACAAAGUAGUCCAUCUGCUGUCAUUUUGGACCUCUGGGAAGCCCGACAUCAGCAUGAUGGUGACCUUGACUCCCUAGCCUGUGCUCUGGAAGAGAUAGGAAGGACGCACUCCAAAAUCUCAAACAUUACAGAAACUCAGAUCGAGGACUCCGACUUCAACUACAGUAGACAGAAUGGACUUUAGCCAUUUCUUUUCCACUCAAGAACCAAUGGCCAACUUUGACUUUUACAUUAGGGAGUUUCUCCUUGCAGGGAGGAAAUAAGGGUUUUCUGCACAUUGCAUAUAAGGAAUAAGAUCUUCAUUUCCUCUAUACAAGUUUUAGCUGGAGGAGCAGAAGAAGCCCCACUAUAAAACAACCCAAGAAAAUGCCAAGCUUCUCCAUGAUGCCAUUGUCUUCUCAGAAUUAACACUUAUGGUUUGUGUGUAGAAAACAAACCUUGCUUUUCUACAAUUCCUAGGAGGCAAUAGGAUAAGGAAGCUACAAACUCUAAAGGUAAAUAUCAUGAAAUAAUUUAUUUAGGGAAUAAUAAUGCAAACCAGAGACACAAAGGUGGCACUGACAAUUAUGCUAAAUAAAUAACAUACUAAACAUUUAGAGCCACUUGAGUCUCUGGGUUUCUAGGUUUGACGACCUGGGCUUAGAGUCUCCAGUGCCCUGCACCUUGUUAAUUUUCCAUGGUGCAGAGGUGGAUUUACAACACCAUCUUGACAAUUUGAUAGCUUUCUGCAUUCACUUUGAUAUAAACUAACUGCAGGACAGCAGAGAAUCUGGACCAUGGUAUUCAGCCAUUCAGGGAACUGAAGCCUCUACCAUUUCCCUAGCUACUCUGUUAGCAAAAACACCCUAAACAUUCCUUUCAGAAAUUGUAAUGCUUUUUUUUUUUUUAAUGUGCAAUGUUAUUCCAAAUUUUCAAUUCCUUUCAGAAAUUGUGAUGCUUUUUUUUUAAUGUGCAAUGUUAUUCCAAAUUUUUAAAGUUUUAUGCCACCUUGAAGUAGCACUUUUAUAACAAUCGAAUGCAGUACUGAUAACUGCCAGUCCUGCUGUAGCCAUUUUUCACCCUGUUUUGGGGCUGACCUACAAAGUUAAAGCAAACAUCAAAACAGCUUAAUUUUGGCACCGGUUCAGACAGAAAUAAUCAACACUGCUGAGCUUGGCUUUGUUUUAAUCAGACACUGCACAGUCUUGGGGGCAUACCCAGAAAUUGGUCCAGUUACAUCCUGGAGGUUUUCUCAAAUGGUGGCAGCUCCACAUUUGGAUAUGAAUUUGAACCCAGUAUGUUUCAUCUGGCGACAGAUAUUUGAUAUCUGCCAACAGCUAAAUAAUCCAGAUAAGAAACCUUUCUGACUUCCCACCUGUCCCUGUUCAAAAUUAACUGGAACUUAAAUCAAUCACAAAAGCUGAUCCUGUCAGAGGUGUUCUCCAGGCAGUGGUAGUGAACCAGAUUUAAACAGAGAUUCAACUCAUUGAGGCUAAGUGUCAGUUAACUAUGACACCAGAUUAGUAGCUUUGGUGAUGUGGGCAACACACACCCUAAAAAUAAUCUGAAGCUAUUUCUUCAUACAGGAGUCCAGGUGCUGAUAUAGGAUUUAAUGACUCUUGUCAGUGCAGUGAUUUAGCAGGUAAUUGCUCCGUCUCACUGAUCUCCGAAUCCAACUUUUCUGGCUCAGCCAUCUAAAAUAAGCAACCCACUGCUACACACAGGCCCGACACAUUUCUUGCAUUCAGUAUUUCACACAACACUUUGUGACAAUUUUCCAAAAGAACAAAUAAAAAAAGUACCUUCCUACUUCCAGCUGAAAUGGUAUUGGUUCUAAGCCUACUUUAUACCUGGACAAAAUACCAGCCUUCUCUGCAGGAAGAAACAAAGCUGUGACUGUUAUCAGUGACCCAUAGCUCUUCCUUUUAAAAAAAAAUAUAUAUAUAUUUCUAGGGACUUUGUUUUCUGCUCUUCAGGUACCUGGUUCUUUCUUCAGGUUCUUUACUAAGGCAAGGGUCAGUAAGAAAAAAAAUGACAAUGUGGCACCAAUCAAAAACCAAUGUGUAGUAAAAGCGCAUUGUAGUUGUCUGGGAAACAUCCAACAGCAGCUUUUUGGCAGUGAACUUGUUCUCUCGUCUUCACUCCUACACAGUUUUAUUUUGAUAAUGACUUUUUCAUAUGGCUUAGGUUAGCUAAUCAAAACAAGGAUUCCUAAGUAUACUCUGUAUGUGCAGUAAUGUGUUCGCAUCAUUGCAGAACUUCUUAAUGUGUUUCUGCAGUCACCAACUCCAAAUAUGUUUAAUGCACUCAAGACAUAUAGGAGUCAGAGGGAGCUGCAGUAUAGACCUUGGGGUGUCCUUUCCCUGCCCCCCAGGAAAUGUAUAAGCUUUACUGCGCAGGACUCUGACUGUUUCUAAAAGAAGAAACCCCACCCAGAACAGCCCAAACCUGCCUACUGAAAUUCUGCAUGUGGAUAAAAUUACUCUACCUUCUGUGCAGUUUGUUCAGAAAAAAAGUUUGUCCCUUAUAGGGAAUGAUAGAGACAUCAUAAGAAGGAGCACUAUUUGACUUCUUCAAAAAAGACUGUCUGGAGAAAGUCUUCAGAUUAAAGAGAUAUGGAUUGUACCACAAUAUCCAUACUUGAUCCUGAGCCCACUGUUAAGUGAAUGGGAGUCUUCCCUCUGACUUAACAGGGUUUGGAGUAUGCAUCUGUGAAAGUUAGUUUCUCAUAAUCAGUUAUUUGCAGGAAAAGUCAUCUCAAAGUCGCUGAGCUAUGCUGUCAGAGAGGCUUCAGCACGAGACCCGAGUUACGAUGAUACCUUGCUGAACAUAGGGUGCGUGCGUCUGCAUGUGUCGCUAUUGCAAUGUUGUUACUGCACCAUGAUUUAGUACUUCCUUUUAGAAGUACUAAAUCACAUCGCCAUCACAGCCCGUGCUGUGCUGUGUUGUUUUUAGCACAUGGUUGUUUUUAGCAGCUACUUCGUCAAAGCAGCACGCUAUAAUGGAGGAGCGCAUAGCUACGGCAAAGUAGCUGCUGGUCACAUAUAGAUCCCCGUGGAUGCAACGGCGACGUAGCAUCACAUGUAGACGUGCCCAUAGUGUAGUUUUCUUUUAUUUCCUUUCCCGAAUUAGUUACUUUGUUGACUGUGACUAGAUGUUGCAUUUGUCCCAGGAUAAAGCCUUUUGUCCAGGGACUGUGCAGACUUACACAUCCACUGUCCUGCUUCAAGUCCCUGUAAAGUAUGCCAAAUAAAAUGUACUAACGCUUUUCCCCCCCGAGAUAUCCUGUUGUAGUAAUUCAUUCCAGCACAAGUCUGUUAGGGCUGCGUGCUCUGGCUGGCCACCGAAUGGCAAAGGAGCAGCAACACAACUUGGAAGGGUGACGUGUAGAAGACUGUGCCCCUGCUGUUCUGAUCCAGUUGAAACCCUGGGAAAAUCAGUCCCAGGGCAGAUGAGAUGCUUAUUUACAUCCUAAGUCUUUUAUAUGCCAUUUGAAUGAAGUACUCUGCCCUUUUCUAAAUCUGUGGUUGUUUCAGUGCCCUUGUAAUAUGCAAGUAGGCUGGAAAUGCUAUAUAAUGGGCGCAUCUACAUGUCACUCUGCAGUGGUGUUGCUAUUGCACCGUGCUUUGGUACUUCCUUUUGUAUUUAAGCAUGGUGCAGUAACUGCCCGUGCUACGCCAUGUGUGCCACGCAUGAUUAGAUUUUGCUGCUGUCACUGUAGGGGCAUGCUAUACUAGGGAAGCGUGCCGCUAUGGCAGUGUAGCUGCCGAUCACAUGAAGACCCAUGUGAUUGCUACGUCACCAUAGCAUGUCGUACGGUGACGUAGCACAUCACUACAUCACUGUAGGGCGACACGUAGGUGAACCCAAGAAGACCUUCAUCUAACUUCUGCCAUCUAGAACAGGCAAACUUACAUCAGAGCUAGGGUUAAAGUUGCAACCAGGUUCCUGGCUUACAUAUUCUAGUGUAACCCAAUUCAGCAGUGCACAAGAAUUACAUCACUGUUCUGAUCACAUAAGAGCGCUCUCAUUUUCUUCACACGUGCAAAUUUCAUGUGCCUCUCAAAAAAUAUUAAUCUGAGAAAUGCAAAAUACAGGUACAUGUUUUUGUGUAGCCUUGCACUGGUUGGUUUUGCCCAUUACUUUGGAAUAGAAGUGCCAAAGCAUGGUGCACACAUUUCAAUGCCCACAAUAUUUUUUCUUAAUCACGCAAAAGGAGGAGUUGAUAGAAAUGUCAGCACUUCCACUAGGUCUAGCUUUCCAGUAGCUGUCUUUCCUGGACCAAAAUGCCUCACUCCGCAAUUCUAAAAAUCAGCCAAGCAUAUACCCAGGCUGACAAAUGCAACUGAGAAAGCUGCAUUCAAGGGUUAUUGUAAAAAGGGGUAAAACAGCUUUUCUGCAGUUAGCUCAGGCGAGUACUGCCCACUUCCACCCAAAACCAUCUCAUUUGUGUUUAGUGGGCUUUCAACCCAAGCCAGUUUAUGAGCAUGCGUUUGGGCCAGGUUUCUCCUUUUAUGUGAUCCAGUUACCCAUGCACUUUUUAGUAAGGGUGCAGGCUUAUACACUCACGUUCUGACAUCCCUGUACUGCCUUCCCACAGUUCCUGCCACAUUCAGAAAGACAGGCAAGUUCUCCCAUGACUUGCUGUCAUUCUUUCAUUGAGUGGCAUGGCUUGCUGCAACAAUGUUUCAAGAGAUAUACUUUCAGAAGACCUACUCGCACAUCUGAGAAAGCGCAACUUCCAUCAGAUUAUGGCAACUCACCAUGGCUCACAGGGCAGCUGUUCACUGUGAAGCUAGGCUAACCCAGGUGCUGCUCCCCAAGCCUGAGUCUGAAGUGAAGAUACACCCUUCAUUGUGAAGCUUGCUUUCUUUUGUGUUAGUUUUACAAGAUGGUAUUAGUAAUGCUCUGUGCUUUCCCGAAAUUGGCUACUCCCAGCUCCGCAUCCUUCCCUCUUCAUGUGUAUGACCCUCAUUGGAAGAAGUUUAGUGACAGGGAUUUUUGUAAAGGAAAGCUCAGCUGACAUUUUGAUACCUAAAUGAAGCCAGGUGGAUGCUCAGCUCCUAUUAACAAUGUCUUUAUUUACACUGCGUAAAUAAGUCAUGGGCUGCCUCUUCUUUUCCGUAUCAGGAAGCACUUUAUUUCCUUAUUUAUGUAUUUGAUGGCCAGGCUUAUAAGGGUGUAUUGCAAUACGGGAUUUGCACAGAACAGCGACCUAUGUAAUUUAUAUAUGCAAAUGCCACGGAGAGUAAAACAUGUCAAAUGCUGAGCACUUUUGACAUUGUGGACGCUUCAAUUUUGAUGUCUAAAUGUCAGCUGAACACUUUUGAAAAUCUGAUUGUAGAGGUGUGGUCUGUCCCUUUGAAAAGGGGCAGCAAGCCCUUUCCAGGAGGUCUUGCUAACGAAGGGGUGACUCACUGGGAGCUUAAAACUCCAGAGGAGCAAGCUGAAGGGAGCAGGCUAAGGGGAAGGUCAGAGUGGAGAAUGACUCUUUUGAUGUCCAGGACGGAUGGAGGAUUUUGGUUUGCUCUCUUUCUGGUGUUAAAGCCUCACGUGUGUUUGGUAAGAAUUGAACUCCCCGAGGGACUAGUAACAGGGUAAAGGACCCAUCAUUUGGGGCUCCAACAUGGACACAAAGGUGAAUAGCCAAGAACAACACUGGAGAAUACCAAACUCAGUUGCCCCCCCACAAUCCACAGACUAUGUCUCUCUAAAAAGAAAACAGAGAGUGAUGGGCACUAAGAAAAAAGGAGGUACUGUACUGCACUUUGAAGCUCCACAUCAGGAACAGAUUCUGAUGUGGUGAAAAAUCAGCGCUACGCUCCACCACUUGGAGAUGUGUCCUAUUAUUUUUAUUCACACUAAAUGCUUUUUCCAGAUCUUUCAGCACUGAGAGUCAUUUAAGCCUAAUAGUUAUGCUUUAAAAAUGACUUACAAUUAUGCCACCAAAAAUGGUGCACUUCACAGCUUCACCAGACUGCAGCAACAUAAAGUUAAUUUACAGUUUUUACAACGUUGCUUUUGCAGUCUUACUAGUUUACAUUAAAAUCCUUUAAGCCAAAAGAAAAGGAAGUCCGCUCUGUAGAUUUAAAUGCAAACUUCAUUUACCAGUGCAAGAAAUCCCAUAAAACUCGGAUGUACUCCACCAAAAUUUUUAUUGGGCUUUUUGUAAGAGAUGAAAAGCUAUUGACAUAGUUCUCUUUAAAGAUGGGGAACUAUUUUUAUUAUUUUUAUCUGUGACAACAGCUGUUAUCCUUUCUUGUGUCCUGUACACAGUUUUCUUUCAGCAGGUCCUAAGAGGGCAUUCAGCCCAAAUCACUAAAAGCAGAGGCCUCUCUUAGGAAUAAAAGCUGUUGACAUCACAUAAGAAGUCUGUUGCUUUCUUUCUCUUCUUGACAGACGAUACUUUAGGAAAGUUUUAAAACACGUAAUACCUGUUUCCUUUCUAGAUGGUGCUUUUCCACUGCCAAAAUGAUAGCAUAGGUAUAAAAUAGAGUUAAAGUCUGAGAAAUGGUUGUAAGAUUUUGCUGCCAAUUUGACAAUUUUCUUUUUUUAGCCUACAUAAAAUAGGUCUAUGUUCUGUAUGGAAGAAAUAAAGGACUACAUUGUCUUGAAUGAUAAUUGAGUAUAAAAUGGAAAUUAUCCCAAAGCCCAUGACAACUAUACCAGAUCUGAAAAUGUGUCUUUCUAGACUAUUAGAUUACUUAUUUGGGUUAUUUAUAAGGAAUUGCCCAUUUUUUAACACAAUAGUAAGAACUGGUCACAUUACUCCUUGCAAAUUUUCAAUCUGCUGUUGCUCAGUACUCACUGAACAAUUUUCUUCAUAAAAUGUUCACUUGAAUUAUUUGCUACUAUUGUGGUAUGUAACUGGACAGAGUUGGUCAUGUGAAACUGUUUCCACUCUCUGAAUGGUGAACUAUUUUAAUGGAGAAAUAUGACAAAUGGCGCAGAAACACAUUUUUGGAUACGUAUUCAUUAGCUACGCUAAUACUUGCGAAAACUUUAGGGAUUUCCCCAACAAAUGCAGUCAAUUGAACAAAUCUGUCAUCUGCACUGACAAACUGAAUUCAAUGCGUCUGUCUGCAAAGGUAUUUAUUAUUUUCCAGAAUAGUCAAUCCAGCUCACAUUACCAAACUCUCACAUUAUCAAACCUGAUAUUAAUGGUAGCAACAUUUUUUUUUUUUUUUUUACCAGUAAGACUACAACAAAUCUUACUUCAAGAUUAUUCCUAGAGAAUACUUUGAUAUUACAAAUCCCAGUAGGCACUACGAAGAGAAGUACUGUUGUAUGCAGCAGAGCCACAAAGAAAUGAAAUGCUUGUGGGUCUCCAUAUUUGCUGUUCUGUCCAAAAAAAGUCUAGACAUUUGACACAAUAUAUUUUUUGUAUUAGAGAUUAUUAGUACAGAUUUUAAUUGUGUUUCUUGUCUGGGGAGGGCGGGGGGAGGGAGCUGGGUUGUAUUGUACUUUUCAAAGCUAUUGCAAAAGCUGCUUUAAAAUCAGCUGUUCAGCUGUAUUGAAUAACUGGUUUGUGCUUUACAAGGGAGUCUGCGUGAGCCAGGAUUUGAUGGGUAGCCUCAAUGCCUCGCUGUCACUGGGUAACUAGAGCUGAAGUCACUUGUGAAAAUUUAGUUAAGGGAUGGGGAGGUUAGAUGACCCAUCCCUGAAUUGUUAUGUAGUGUGUUGUGACCAAAUGAGACUAGACACUCACCUACUGUAGAACUGUGGUUUUGUUAGCAGCUACUUAGUGUGUCUGCCUCCUGGUGUGAUGACCUUGGUUUGGACUGUCCUCCUGCACAUGCAGGGAAAUGUCAUCCCAUGUUGCCUGGUAUAUAUAGGUAGAUAUAUAAAACCUCACUGUCUGAUCCCAAAAGGAAAUGUGUAGCACAAACUGAAGCUUAGGGUGCUGUGCACCAAGGCUGGUGUGAGUUUUUUUCUGACUUGGAGGGGGUUUUGGAUGCAAAGAUGCAGAUGCAAAUAGUAACUGCUCCAAAGAGAAACAUUAUGUUGUGACAAAUCCUCACCCUACAUAGCUGGUCAAAAAAAAAACACAACAAAAAACAGAAAGGAUUUGCAGUAUUGUUAAGAUCUCCUGUUGUUCUCCUCAUUGAAAUUUUAAACUUUACCUCUCUGAUUGUUUUAAAGAAAUGAAUUUCUUCAGCCUUUUUUUUUAUGCUGAUGUUGAAAUUUUGGAAUUUGACAAAAGUUCCUCUCGAGUUCCAGUCCCACGAACUCCUUCCACUUGCAAAAACAAACCAGAAAGCAAGUGCUAUUAUUGAAAGCACUUAGACUGAAGUUCUUGGAUGCAUCAGUAAGACCCAGUUCACGUCCGGAAGACGCACUGAACUCUUUCCCAAGUAAGUACAGAGACCGCCCACUGGGGAUAGGGCAUACAUACUGGGCGAUAGCAAAGGCUGAUACCAUGUAAUUAGUCACUUGGGAGCUACAGCUGUCAUUUCUCUGAGUCAAAUUCACCCCUAUUGCAACUUAAUUGAUCUCAAUUUACAUGACAAGUGUGCAAUAUACAUCUUGCAUCCGUUUUGGGGACAGAAAAGUUUUGUGCCAAUCAGUCCUAUUUGGAUCUCUACCAAUAUUAUGCAGAGCUAGAGCUGGUUGAAAAUGAGAACUAGAACAAUAAUUUGGGGGGAAAAAAACUGUCACAUUUUCUUCUUUUCUUUGUCAUGCUUGGAACUUUGACAAAUUUUCAUUGCUUUUUCAAGCUCUGCAAAAUGUUGACCAGCCUUUUAGUUGGAAAGGGAGGAAGAGGAAAAAUGUAAUGAAAAAUGCAGCCAAAAGUUAACAUUUAAAAGAAAAAAGUUACCAGUCUUGUAUCAGGUUUGAAACAUAUCCCUCUUCUAUCCCUUCACUUCUGCAUUGAGCAGGGUUGGAGAAGAGCUGAGGCUUUUGGCUCGUACUUUCAACAGGCAGCCAGUUCAGCAUCUCCUCUGCCCCCCCACCUUUUCAAUGUGUUUAGUACUGAAAAAAGAACAAAGGUUUGAAUGCUUUCUUUAAUAUGAAGCUGAAGGAAUAAGCAAACAAGCCAGAAAAUCAUUAAAUAAAAGCAUGGCCUUGGCUUCAUACCACACUUUCUGUGCCUUGUACUAUCAAUGUAAAUUCUGAAUGUUGUACAGUAAAUACUUGGGAAAGACUCCUUGGAAAAGGCUGCACUGGCUUCUUUUUUCAGCACAUGUACAUAUAUAAAUAUAUAUACAUAUAUAUUUGGUAAUGCCAAACAGCUGUGUUAUAUUGUAUUGAAAAAAACCCAACAAAAUAAUGGACAGUUUGGAUGUUUUAUGUAGAGUUUGCAAAAAUUGUAUGGCUAUAGCCUUUUGAAGAUAAAUGUACAGAGGUAAAUUACUGCUUAUCAGUUAUUUAUGAAUAAAGAGUCUUUUAUUGACAUCUUA